AUGUCAUGUAAUAUAAGCAAUGUGAUUCAACAUUUCCACGGCAGUUUACAUGGAGAUGACGAUGUUAAACUGCCAGAAUAUCUAGACGCUUACGAAGAACUGAGCAGGUACAUUUUUGUGGGCUACUUCUGGAUCCAUGCAAUUUUAGAUUUUUUUCCGAACUCGGCGUUGUCUUCGGAUUUGUGGAAUCUGAUGUCGCAGCGAAAAGGAUAAUUCUUAGAGAAUUAAUCGAUAAUAACAAGGAUGAAUACUCAACUGUAAUCACGAUGGUGUCUACGGAAUGUAAUGACGCCGAGACCCCAAGAGAAAAAGGCUCCAGAACACUUUUAAGACUGCAUCGAGCACUAGAAUUUUUGACUUUAUUUGUCAAACAGAUAUACGACAACGAGGAAGAAAGUACUUCCGAGAUCUUUCGAAAAAGUUAUGACGAAACCUUAAGUCGUCAUCACACUUGGAUCAUCAGGAAAUCAGUUUCAUUUGCCUCUAAAAUGGUUCCUGGGCGAGAACAGCUACUACGGAUAAUGUUUGAGGACAAAACAUUCGACGAGGCCAAAGAAACAAUCACACAAUUCCUACAAAUCACUUCAAUUGUCUACAGACGCGUACAUACUAUAUAUCAGGAACGUAAUCUCCUCGCUCUUCCGUGA